AUGCCCCAAUUUUACAAGACAAGAAUGUGCUACACCUUCUUAUCAGGCAGUUAUUGCGAAGCAUCCAAAUGCACAUUUGCGCACACAGAGGAAGAACUCCGAGGAUCUGGAAAGGCCCUUAGAUUAUGCACCAAGUACUUUUUAGAUGGAUACUGCGCCAAAGCGGACAAAUGUCCAAUGGCCCACAAUAUAAACCAGCUGGACCCCUCCGUGAAAUUUUCCAGCAGUGAACUAAUGAACAGAAUGUACAACGAUGAGGCGGAAGAGGAAGGAGAAGACCCAAGUUUUUACAAACGCAAGUCGAAUAAGAAGAGAGACGAAAGUGAAAGCAACGAUGGGGACACUGGUAAUGCCAACAUUAACGAGGGAGGAGACCCCCUUAAUGUGAAGAGAAACAUCUACAGCGUGAAAGACAAGGAGGAAGAAACCCUCCCUGAUGACAAUAGAAACCGUUACGGAGUAAUAAGCCAUUUGGAAGAAGCAGAAAAGGAUGCACAGGGUUCCCACAGAAAUAGUUUUAACUUCUUAAAACGUCACGGGAAGAAGACGUACAGUGAGUAUCUUCUCGAGAGGAUUGGGGGAACCGAGAGAGAUGCCCAAAAAAGAAGAGGCGCGAAAGGAGACAACUUUGCUAAGAUGGAUUUUAUCCAAAACGGAGAGUUCCACCAAAAUGGAGACUUCCAUCAAAAUGGAGACUUCCAUCAGAACGAACAAGUUGCAAAAAUGGGAGACAAGCUAUCAUGCAGGGAAUUCACCUAUGACGAUAGUAGUUUCGGACGUGAGGGUGAAGGUGUCCCUGCGAAGUUCUUUGCGUAUAGGGUGGGUGGCCUUGACAGGGUGAGUAGCAUCCACCGGGUGAGUGGCCUUGACGGGGUACGCGGAGAGCGCCUGCGAAAAGGGAAGCUACCCAGUGAACACCACGAAAAUGGGUUUCCCCACGAAGAAAAUGUGUUCCUCCCUAGGGGGGAUCAUUUUGAUUGCAACUUUGGGAGCAUCAACAAAUUAGAUCAAGGCAAUGUGCACUCAAAUAUGAGCCCCGAGAUGACCUCCAACAUGAGCCCAGACGUCAGCUGCAAAAUGAGCCCCAAUAUAAAAUUCGAGAUGCUGAACGAAAUGGAGAGAUAUAAGCACCUGAACGUACAGGUAGAAAACUACUUUUUCAACAAGAUAAAAAAAAAGGAGUAUCCAGAGAACUCCCUUUUUGAUUCCAAUACGACGACAUAUGAACAUGUGAAGGGUGGAUCUAAUUUUUACAGCGACGGUAGGAUGUAUUUUAAUAGGACAAAGGAGAAUAUAGACAAUUGCGAUGAUCUGGGAUUGCGUUUUAACUACAGUGGUCGCCUUGGCGUGCAGAAGGACGUUGGUGAGGGAGGCGUCUUUCACGAGGUGGACAACUCGAACGGCAUGAAUGGCGUGGGCGAUUUGAUCUGCUUCAGUCAGGGAAAUGGUUUUAACUGUGUGGAAGUCAACAAGGAAGAGAACUCUAACGUCCAACUCCUGAACGAGGAAGACCGCUUCAACGGCUCCAACCGCGUCAACGGCUCCAACCGCUUCAGCCUAGAGAGCCUCAUCCAGAACAUGAACAAUCUGAGUCUCUCCAAGAAGCAGAUUCCCACGCACUCCAUGGUGAAAACUAUCAAUGGGGAAAGCGCCUUGGGCGGUGAGCCCGCUGAACUAAAAGACACGAAGGAGGGAGAAAUGGGGUCCGAAGGAGAUAUCCACACGGGGGAAGAUACACACUCGGAGGAGGACCCCUCGGAGGAGGACCACUCGGAGGAGGACCAGUCAGAGGAGAACCACUCGGAGGAUAACCACUCGCAGGAUAACCAAUCAGAGGAGGACCACUCCGGAGACAACGAACUAACCGUCAUUAAAUCGAAGGACCUUCACCCCGAGGAAGAACAAAUAUACAAACGUGCCUCCUUCUCGAACAACAUCGCAGACAGCGAACUUAAGAUGCUUCUUCUAAGUGACAAAUAUUCGAACCACCGGAACCAACAAAAUGGAUAUUCUGGGCAAUGCAGGCAAACGGGGGAGUGCCUCAACGGAGCUGGAGAAAGUGCGGCGAGUGGGUUUGUUGCGGGAGGUUCUUCUGGAUUCACCACGAAUGGGUUUGUUGGUGGAGGUUCUGGGUUUACCACUAAUGGGCUUCUUGGAGGCGUCAGCUAUUCAGAGUUGACUGAGAACGGAGUGGCCAACCUGUGCAGCCUGAGGAACGUCCAAACGAGCAUGACCCAUUUGUGCAACCAGCAGAAGAGCGACACCCAGAAUAGCGGAAUCCAGAGCAGUGGCACCCCGAAUAGAAGCCUCGGAAGUGCCAGUAGCGUCCAGGAUCAAAUGAUGGAAGCCCACUAUGACUUGAGCAGCAUCUACAGAAAGGUAGACUCCCAGAGGAGGAUGAUUGGAGUGAAGACUCCCCAAAAGGAAAGUAGCAAUUACAGCCUUGCGGAUGUGUUGAGUGCCCAGCAAUACCCUAGUGCAAAUGUCUUCCCCCUCCAAGGAGGAGUUGGAAAAAAAACGGAAAAUUACGACAUUCAGGCAGAAAAGUACUUUUUUAACCACAUAAGUAACUACAUAGAGGGAGGCACCACUACAAGUAGAGAAAUAAACCUGGACAGAGGGAGAAUCGAAGUCAGCAAGAAGGACAUAGCUGCUCGAGUGACUCCAGAUGGCAUGUUCCUAACGAAUGGAAGUGAACCCCCCCAUGGUAGUCAUAGCAUUAAUGGCAGUCAUAGCAUGCAUUGCAGCCGUGGCAGUUACGACGACAACGGCAACGACACAGUCAUGAAGAACAUUUUGAUGGGGAAGACAAACAUGUACUGCACCCCCAAUUGCAGUGGAGUGAAUGAAAAUGGAGAAGACAUAGAAAACAGCAACAGUUACAAUUCAAGGGAAAGGAACAUGAGGAAGGUUGACCCGACAGGCGAACUGGGCCGAACGGAGGAAUUGCACAAAAUGCUCCUGAACGACUGCGCGAAUGGUAUGUCUAGCUACAACAUAGGUGAUUUUUUUUUUUUGAAAAAUGAUGGACAGCACCUGAAUGGCUUGAGUUACCUGCGUAGGGAAAAUGCUCUCCAGGGUACAAGGAACAAUUUUGGAGACAACAUGAAUUUGGCAGACAUGUGUGAGGUGAACUAUGGCAGCUUGAGCGCCUCCCAGGUGGGGUUCACUAGGCGAACACAGCAAAACGUUGCUGUGGAAGGUAGCCUCUUAAAUGGGGGGACUCUUCACGGAGGCUGCGGACGAGAGAGCCAAGGCGAGCACCAGAAGCAGGGAUACCGGAAUGGCUGCUGCAGUCGUGCGGAACAGCCACCGAUAGCCCUGUACAACCAUCCCAACCACGUGAUGGAUACACACAGGAACAACCCCCCCCUGAACGCACACAUAGACUCAUACGAAAUGGCCUACAAAAGUGAUGAGAGGUUUACCAACUAUUUGCACAACGCUAGUAGGGAAGUGGCGAAGAUGGGGAAAAUCAAUUCAUUGACCGAGAAUGGCAGACGGGAACAGAAUGAGGAGGGCCUUUCAGACGGAGGCAACCAGGACAAUAAAAAAGGCCCGCGCAGUUAUAACCCCCUGACGUAUAGGUUCAGCGGGUUGUGCGAUUGUUUAGUCAGAGGGGACGAGGAAGUGGACGUGAUGGAAGAGGAAGAAGAGGAGCGGGCGAGGUAG